CCCUGUGCCUCACCCAUCUCUCUCGUAAACAUCUCAACCGUCACUCAUAUUCUCCAACGUCACCACCACCUCUACGCCGCCGCAUCUCCACAACGAUGCCUCUCUACGAUGCUACAUUUUCCGCCAUCGCUGUCGAUUUUGAGCCAAAUCCAGAUUUAAUUUGGUACAAAUUUUGCCAACUUAAUGGCAUUGAUGAUGAAGGCGCUAGGAUUUGCAGUGGUGGAGGCCGGGAGGCCGAUAAAGGGAGGAGACGGCGGCCGAUGGAGGGCGGCGGAGUCGAGUGUAGGGCGGCGGCGGCUGAUUAAUAGAGGGUGGCAACAGCAUUUUUGGUACAAGGCAUCAGCGGUCCAGUACCGCAACUAGGGUUUUGAAAAUGUGUUUAGAUUUUUAAAUUUUAAUUGUAAAUAUAUUAAGAAUUUCAUUAAGGGUGAUUUUGUCAAACCAAUGUAUUUUUAGUCCUAUGAAACAUGUAAGUUCUAUUUGUGCAUUUACUCAUUGUUUUAGUCCUAUUUAGGGAAUUAACUCUAUUAUUU